AUACACGCAUGCGUGGCUACCGGCGGAGUCGUCUGCUAGUGUGUAUAAAGGUCAAGUCUAGUCGUCGUCGUUACUUUCAAGUUUGUGCAGUGGACUGUGCAAAUGAAGGCUAGCGAGGCUAAAGACGGUCUAAACACCAAGAGUCCUGUUCACAAGUCUUACGACCAAGCAGUCGGUCAUUCUGACAAGAAACAUUUGAGCCACAAACAUGCCGAGGAGAAUGGAGAGAAGGAGGAGGAACGUAAAGUGUCGAUGCUAGAGCUGUUUCGCUUUGCGGAUAAGAAGGACGUUUUGCUCACUAUACUGGGAUUACUUUGUGCCGCUGCGUCGGGCAUGUCUUGGCCGGGCCUUGCUCUCGUGUUUGGUGCAAUGCUGGACUCGUUUCUCUGCUUUGCCGUUGCUGCAAACAACGCAGCGGCCAACCUCACAAAUUCCUCGCCGUCGUGUAUUGUCGCAACAUGCGGAGCAAUAGAUAUUCAGGAUGAUAUACACAUUGCUGCGGUUCGAUUUUCGAUUGUUGGUGCCGGUGCGUGGGUCACGAUGUAUUUGUACGUCAUGCUGCUGAUCUGGUCGGCGGAACGUCAGACGCGUCGUAUGCGAGAGGCAUUCUUUCGUGCCAUUAUGAGACAGGAAAUCGGAUGGUUUGACACGAGCGAUCCGGGUGAGCUGGCCACACGAUUAACAGAUGAUCUAACAAAGGUAUACAAUGGUAUCGGUGACAAACUCGGUGCCACUGUUCAAUGGACUUCCACCUUCAUCGGAGGGAUCGUUGUCGGUCUAGUCAUUGAGUGGAGGCUAGCGUUGGUCAUACUAGGAGUGACUCCAAUAUUGGCCACUCUGGCUGGGUUCGUCGCAAAGCUUAUAGCAUCAUUCACUACAAAAGAACAGAAGGCAUAUGCCAAAGCGGGCAGCGUUGCCGAAGAAGUCAUAUCAUGUAUGAGGACAGUCGUUGCGUUCGGUGGCGAGGAAAAAGAAACUCGUAGAUAUCAAGUGGAAGUGGACCAGGCGACAUCAGUCGGGAAGAAGAAGAGUUUGUCUUCGGGUCUCGUGUUGGGUUCGACAUGGCUUAUCAUAUUUUGUAUCUAUGCUCUAGCAUUUUGGUUUAGCGGCUAUCUGAUCAGAGACAAGGACGCGUCUGCUGGAGAUGUUAUGACAACAUUCUUUGCCGUUAUUCUCGGAGCGUUCUCGCUCGGCAACGUCGCUCCCAAUGCCGAGGCAAUCAGCGAAGCUCGUGGUGCCGCUGUCCGAGUGUUUGAGAUUCAGGACAGGAAGUCUGAGAUCGAUCCUUUGUCCGAUGAAGGCAAGAAGCCGGAUGAAGACACGGUGAAGGGAAAUAUUGAGUUCAAGGACAUUCAAUUCUACUAUCCCGCAAGGCCGGAUGUUGAGAUCAUGAGGAACCUCAACUUGAAAGUCAAUCAGGGAGAGUCGGUUGCACUUGUUGGUCCCAGUGGAUGUGGCAAAAGCACUGUCAUCCAGUUGCUGCAGCGGUUCUACAAUCCAAUAAAAGGAGAAGUUCUAUUGGAUAGUCACAAUGUGUCGACCCUCAACGUUCACUGGCUGAGGAAACACAUUGGGGUUGUAAGUCAGGAGCCGGUCCUCUUUGCGACAUCGAUUGCCGAGAACAUUCGAUACGGGAGCGACAACGUCACAGACCAACAGAUACAAGAAGCUGCAAAGCAAGCCAAUGCGCACGAUUUCAUUAUGAAACUGCCACAGAAAUAUAACACUCUGGUUGGCGAACGUGGCGCUCAACUGUCUGGCGGUCAAAAGCAGCGUGUCGCUAUCGCACGAGCUCUAGUUCGAAAUCCAAAGAUUCUUUUGUUGGACGAGGCCACAUCGGCGUUAGACACGGAAAGCGAGCGGGUGGUACAGUCUGCACUCGACAAAGCACAACAAGGACGAACGACGAUCGUCAUUGCUCACCGUCUGUCGACGAUACAGAACUCGACGUCGAUCGCUUCGAUCGUGAGCGGGGAAGUGGUCGAGAAGGGAACACAUUCGGAACUGAUGGAAAAGAAAGAUGUCUAUUACGAACUGGUUAUGGCACAGCAAGUUGGUGAGGAUAACCCAUCACUAGGUCCCAUGUCUCCGACAUCAGCUACCAAAUCGGUACUCGGUAGAUUUAGUCAGUCGAUACGUUCGGGAUCGCAACACGGGCGACAGUCGUCUUUGCGUCGUGGUCAAUUUACUAGUCAAGUGUCGAGCGAGAGUGGCGUUUACGGUCGUCAAACGUCAGCUUAUCAUCGUCAGUAUUCGGGUGGAGGAGCCUCUAUACGAGACGUUGACAAGGAAAUAAUCGAUGAAGGACCACCACCACCCGCUCCCUCUGUGAUCCGUAUAGCAAAGAUGAAUGCUCCCGAGUGGAAACUGAUUUUACUAGGACUAGUGGGUGCAGCCGGAGCUGGAGUCAUCAUGCCAGUAUUUUCGAUUGUCUUUUCGAAGCUCUUGAGGAUAUUUGGCGAACCUUGUGACGAGAUGGAAGAUGGUGUUUCCGAAUGGGCACCUGUAUUUGUCUACAUUGGGUUAGCUUCUGGACUUUUUGAAUUUUCCAAAGCGUUCUUUCUUGGCAUUUCUGGUGAGGCAUUGACAGCUCGAUUGAGGCGGCUUACAUUUCGUGCAAUGUUGAGACAGGAUAUCGGCUGGUUUGAUGAUCCACGACGAAGUACCGGAGCUUUAACCACUCGUCUCGCUGCCGAUGCAUCAGAAGUAAAAGGGGCUGUCGGACUUCGGAUCGGUGCCGUCAUUCAGCUUUUAUCCACUCUUGUUGCAGCAAUGGGAGUUUCUCUGUAUUACGAUUGGGAAAUGACACUCGUGAGCCUCGCUUUCAUUCCUCUACUCAUUGCUGCUGGUGCCUUCCAAAUGAAAUCGCUUGCCGGACACACGGCAAAAAACAAGGAGCUCGUCGAAGAGGCCGGCACAGUAGCCGUCGAAGCCGUAGAGAACAUCAGGACCGUAGCUCAACUGACACAAGAGGAGACAUUCUGGCAGAAGUACCACGAAUGUCUGGAAGGUCCAUUCAAGCUGGCCAUUCGCCAUGCCCACAUCCGAGGGUUUUUCUAUGGUCUGGCAAACUCCAUUUUGUUUUUUGCCUAUGCUGGAUCGUUUCGAUUUGGAGGGUGGCAAGUCGAGAAUCAGUCUUCGAAAUAUACUAUGGAAGACGUCUUUAUUGUGUUUGGAGCUAUCGUGUUUGGGGCUUUCUCGGUUGGUCAAGCACUGUCGUUUGCUCCCGAUUACAGCAAAGCGAUGACGGCCGCUGCUCGUGUGUUCGACCUGUUGGACACCGAACCCGCAAUCGACAGCUCGAGCAAGAAGGGUCAGAAACCUAUGGUAGACGGUCAUGUUGCAUUCAAGAGUGUCCACUUUAGCUACCCGACUCGACCCAAUGUAACGAUCUUGAAUGGACUGGAUCUAACAGUCGAGCCGGGUCAGACGGUUGCUUUAGUUGGAGCAAGUGGUUGUGGCAAGAGCACGUGCAUCCAGCUACUCGAACGUUUCUACGAUACCAAAGAUGGCUCUGUAGAUCUCAGUGGUCACGAUAUUAAAGACAUCAAUGUUCCACAUCUGCGUUCUCAAUUCGGUUUGGUCAGUCAGGAGCCAGUACUAUUUGCUUGCAGCAUUCGUGACAAUAUUGCUUAUGGUGACAAUUCUCGUGAAGUAUCUCUGGAAGAGAUCGAAGCAGCUGCCAUUGAUGCCAACAUUCACAAGUUUAUCGAAGCACUGCCCGAUGGAUAUGACACUAUGGUUGGUGAGAAGGGAGCCCAAUUAUCUGGUGGUCAAAAGCAACGUGUGGCCAUUGCUCGUGCUCUACUCCGAAAUCCCAAGAUAUUGCUGUUGGAUGAAGCUACCUCGGCAUUAGACACUGAGAGUGAAAAGAUUGUUCAAGAGGCUUUAGAUCAAGCGAGAGAAGGGCGCACGUGUUUGGUCAUCGCUCAUCGUUUGUCGACUAUUCAUACCGCUGACAAGAUCCUUGUAUUCCAGAAUGGAAAAGUAGUGGAGGACGGAAAGCAUGGCGAUUUGAUGAAACUGAAAGGCAUUUACUACAAUCUUAACCAAGCUCAAGUCCACAACGUCAUCCGUCGCCAUUUUGUGUGGGAGUGUCUCUCCAAAUAUAUGACGUCACAAAGUCAUGUGCCUCAAAACCAGAAGAUUUCCCAACGACGGCGAGGCACGAUGGCAGAAGCAGAAGGCGACGGAGACGACCUAGGGAGUCUAAGGCGGACUAAUUCGUACGACGAGGCGAUCAAUAAUCGUCUGGGCUACCGCGCGACGUCCACAUCUGACCAUUCAAACAGGAAAAACAGCGAAGAAGAGCCCAAAGAGGGCGGUCCAAUGCCAAAAGUGGGCGUUCUACAGCUGUUUCGGUGUGCUGACAAAUUCGAUGCUGUACUUAUUGCGGCAGGCCUGAUAUCUGCUGCUGCAGCCGGACUCAGUUGGCCGGGAAUGUCGCUUGUGUUCGGAGCCAUGAUCGACUCCUUUCUCUGCUUUGAAAUCACCAAGUCAAUGUCAAACGCGACCGUCACUAACUCGACUGCAGCACUUCCGUGCAUUCUCGGCGGUAUCGGAUUAGACUUCUGUGGAAAUGGUACAGUUGAUGUACAGGCCGAGAUAACAACGGCUGCUCUCCAAUUUACGUACAUCGGUAUUGGAGUGUGGGUUUCCUACUACCUCUAUGUGACGUUGCUCAUAUGGACGGCAGAACGCCAGACUCGAAGAAUGAGAGAGGAAUGUUUUCGGUCCGUCUUGAGGCAAGAGAUUGGCUGGUUUGAUACAACUAGGACAGGAGAGUUGGCGACGAAAAUGACAGAAGACAUGAACAUAGUUUAUGCUGGCAUUGGUGACAAAAUUGGGAGCUUUGUUGUGUGGAUGUCUACUUUUGUGGGAUCGAUUCUUCUCGGGUUUUAUCUCGAAUGGAGGCUUACUCUCGUCAUAUUGGGUAUAACUCCUCUUCUUGCAGUAGUGACCAUGAUUGAAGCAAACCUUGCUAUAGCCUUCACAACCAGACAACAAGGAGCUUAUGCAAAAGCAGGCAGUGUGGCUGAAGAGGUGAUAUCCUGCAUUAGAACCGUAGUUGCAUUUGGGGGAGAAGACAAAGAAGCUGAAAGAUACAAAACAGAAUUAGAACAUGCCAAAUCAGAAGGAAAAAAGAAAAGUGUGUUGUUAGGUUCUGUGUUAUCAACGGAAUAUUUCAUGCUGUACUGCAUCUAUGGCAUCACCUUCUGGUUUAGUGGGUAUCUUGUUGAAAAAGGGGGUGCUUCAAGUGGAGACAUCAUUGCUACUUUCUUUGCAGUUUUGAUUGGAGCUUUUGCGCUGGGUCUGGCUGCUCCAAACAUGGAGGCAGUAAACACAGCACGAGGUGCUGCAGUCAGAGUUUUUCAGAUUCUGGAUAGAAAAUCUGAAAUUGAUCCAUUGUCUGAUGAAGGAGAGAAACCUGAUGAGAAUUUGAUUAGAGGCAAUAUAGAAUUCAAGAACAUACGUUUUACGUAUCCGGCAAGACAAGAUGUCGAGGUCUUGCAUGACGUCAGCUUGGAAGUUAACUCUGGCAAAACAGUGGCUCUAGUUGGUCCAAGUGGUUGUGGAAAAAGUACUCUCAUUCAGUUGUUACAAAGGUUUUAUACUCCACAAGAAGGAACCAUUUUCCUGGAUGGUUAUGACUUGAAUUGUCUUAAUGUGCGAUGGCUGAGGAAUCAUAUCGGUGUUGUCAGUCAAGAGCCUGUACUAUUUGCAACAACGAUUGCUGAGAAUAUUUGCUAUGGAAAGGAGGAUGUCACUCAUGCUGAAAUUGAGAAAGCAGCAAAGCAAGCUAAUGCUCAUGAUUUUAUCAUGAAGCUACCUCAGAAAUACAAUACACUAGUUGGUGAACGUGGUGCUCAACUUUCUGGUGGUCAGAAGCAACGCAUUGCUAUUGCAAGAGCUUUAGUUCGAAAUCCCAAGGUUCUACUGCUAGAUGAGGCUACAUCAGCUCUUGACACAGAAAGUGAAAAGAUGGUGCAGUCGGCACUGGAAAGAGCAGCAGAAGGAAGAACAACUAUAGUGGUAGCUCAUCGACUGUCAACUAUUCAAAAUGCAACAUCUAUUACUGCACUUGUUGAUGGUCAAGUUGUGGAGAGUGGUACUCAUUCACAACUAAUGGAGAAGGAAGGUGUCUAUUACGAUCUUGUCAUGGCACAGUUUUUGUUGCAGCAAGUUGGAGAUGGCACUGUGGAAUCAAGUGAAACUGAGGUAAGUUCUGUACGUUCCAGCCUACUACUUUCAAGUCACUCUCGUGAUGAGACUUCAAGCUAUCAGCACCAGCACAAGUAUUUUCGCAUGUCAUCUGGAAGUGAACCUUUGAAUAGUAAAGAUGCAGACACAACCGUUGACGAACUUGAUGAUGGUCCUCCGCCAUUGCCUCCGCCUGUUAUUCGUGUGAUCAAGAUGAACGCUCCUGAAUGGAAGUAUUUGUUGUUAGGAGUAUUGGGUGCUGCUGUUGCUGGAGUGGCAAUGCCAGUCAUGUCAAUCUUCUUUGCAUUACUUAUGAGGGUAUAUGGUGAACCGUGCGAUAUAAUGCAAGAUAGAAUUGCAACAUUGGCUCCCGUGUUUUUGUACAUUGGAAUAGCUUCUGGAGUGGCAGAGUUUUCUAAGGCUGCAUGUCUUGGUAUUGCUGGUGAAGAGCUGACCGGUCGAUUGAGAGGACUGGUGUUUCGUGCUAUCUUACGUCAGGACAUUGAGUAUUUUGACAACCCAAGGCACUCAACAGGUGCAUUGACCACUCGUUUGUCCACUGAUGCAUCUGAAGUCAAAGGAGGUGUUGGUGCUCAGCUGGGUACAAUCGCUAACCUUUUCUUUGCUUUACUGGCUGCGCUGUGCAUUUCGUUGUAUUACGAUUGGGAGAUGACAUUAGUGAGCCUCAGUUUUCUUCCUAUGGUUCUUAUUGCUGGCAUCGUUUCUGCAAAGACUGUUACUGGACUUACACAUGGAAAUAAAAAAAUGCUUGAAGAAGCUGGCAAGGUGGCGGUAGAGGCUGUGGAGAACAUUCGAACAGUUGCACAGUUAGGCAAUGAAAACGUGUUCUUAGAGAAAUACCAUGUUUUACUCGAGGGACCAUUCAAGCAAACAAUUCGGCAUACCCACGUUCGUGGUUUCUUCAUGGGCUUAUCCCAGGCUGUACUUCUGUUUUCAUAUGCUGGAUCGUUUCGAUUUGGGGGUUGGCAAGUGGAGCAUCAGAGUGAUAAGUACACGAUGGAAGAAGUAUUUAUUGUGUUCGGAGCAAUAGUCUUUAGUGCAAUGGUAAUGGGUGACUCACUGAUAUAUGCACCAGACUAUACGAAAGCUAGACUAGCUGCUGCUCGUGUGUUUGAUCUUCUUGACUUUAAGCCAUCUAUCGAUAGCUCAAGCAAGGAUGGCCUCCGACCAAGUGUAACUGGUCACAUCACAUUUAAGAAAGUCAAGUUCUGUUAUCCCACUCGUCCAGAUGUGACUGUACUGGACGAUUUGAGUAUGAAAGUUGAGCCAGGUCAGACCGUAGCAUUGGUUGGAUCGAGUGGUUGUGGCAAGAGUACAUGUGUGCAACUGCUUGAACGCUUUUACGAUCCAAACGAAGGCACACUGCAUUUGGAUGGAUCCAAUAUUCAAGAUAUGAAUGUAAUGCAUCUUCGUGCUCAGCUUGGUCUCGUUAGUCAAGAGCCAAUCCUGUUUGCCUGCAGUAUCCAUGACAAUAUAGCAUACGGGGAUAAUUCAAGACGAGUAGCUGAAGAAGAAAUAGAGGCAGCUGCUACAAAAGCAAAUAUUCAUAAAUUUAUUUCCUCGCUUCCGGAUGGAUAUAAUACUGUCGUUGGCGAAAAGGGAACACAAUUAUCCGGUGGUCAAAAGCAACGAGUAGCUAUAGCUCGUGCCCUCAUUCGUGAUCCCAAGAUCUUACUGUUAGAUGAAGCCACAUCAGCGUUGGACACAGAAAGUGAGAAGGUGGUUCAAAAAGCUCUGGAUCGAGCUAGAGAGGGUCGGACAUGCAUCGUCAUUGCUCAUCGUUUGUCUACUAUUCACACUGCAGACAACAUCGUUGUGAUACAGAAUGGAAAAGUUGUUGAGCAAGGAAUACACAGCGACUUGAUGAAACGAAACGGUGUUUAUUCACAACUUAAUCAAGGCCAAGUGCAAAGCCUAGUAUGAACUCCAGGCCUGUACUCACACUAUAACUUGCAUAGCAUUCGCACAUGCUAUACAAGUCUUUGUCUACAAUUUUACACUACUGAGAGAGAGCACAGUAGAUUUAGGAUGCUUUUUGAUAGACUAGAAGUUAGUUUAGGCA